AUGAAGACGGCGGCCGCCCUCCUCCUGGUAGGGAUGCUCAUCCUCUGGACAGAGCUGCCAACAGGCAGCGCCUGGACCUGCCCGCCCGUCCGCAUCACCUGCGCGAUGCUCAACCCGCCGAACCACUGCUACAGCGACCGGCAUUGCCCGCGGUACAAGAAGUGCUGCCAGUCCUUCUGCGGGAGGAGAUGCAUCUCGCGCCCACCUUCCCUCCCUCUCUCCUACGGACUAUUUGUUAAACUCUUUGUGUUCGCGUCCCCAGCAGUAAUCAGCCCCCGUCGGCUGCUGGCUCUGCGGAUCACCCUGCGCCCGCAGGUGCGCUAA